CCUCCAGCCCCGGGGUCCCACAGCCCAGCCUGUGCACCACCUCCAGAUCUGGCACCACGGUGCUUGGUGGGGGUACAAAGCCCUCCGCCAGUCCCAGGGCCUUUGGUGUCCACAGAGCAGCAGCUGGAGCUUCUGGAGGUUGGAUUCUGGUGGAGGCGUGAGGCGGACAAUACAGGGAGCUGGGCAGUGGACAAGAAGAAGUUGAAGCUGAGAUUUCGUAGCACAUCCACCUUUCUCUCUGACCUAUGCUGACCGAAACCUGUGUGUGGCUGAGGCACAGCCGUUUCCUCCUCUUUGAGGCGACCGCUGGGAUGCCUGAGGUGAAUUUCAGGGAGGAGACCCUAUGGGUUGAGGCUGAGCCUGGACAGAAGAUCUGUUGACCACCUGGAGCACCCCUAACUCACACACCAAGCCACGUGGCUCUGUCAUAAUUGCAGCUCCUUACAGAUAAGAGUUUUGGAGUUCAAAGCCUGAUGUCCAUCCACAAAGGGCAGCGGGCUAGGGCCUGCGGUCAGGGACAGGUGAGUCUCCUUUCCGAAGCAUGUUCCUGGACUCCAAGGCCCCAACCACACCCACUUUCCCUUUCAGGUUGGCCGGUGGGGCUGGUGUGGCAGGAUGGCUGCAUCCCUGGAGCCCCAGAAGCAGGGUGAGGCACUGGUGCUGGUCCGACGGCAGCGCCCGGUGUCCCAGGGCCUGCUGGAGACACUGCAGGCCAGGCUGAUCCAGAGCUGCGCCUGCAGUGUGCCACGUGUCCAGGCGCUGGUGCAGGACCUGAUCCCAGCCACAAGCUGGCUGCGCCACUACUGUCUGAGGGAGCACCUGCCAGGUGACAUCAUGUCUGGGCUGGUCAUCGGCAUCAUCCUGGUACCACAAGCCAUCGCGUACUCGCUGCUGGCUGGGCUGCAGCCCAUCUACAGCCUCUACACCUCCUUCUUUGCCAACCUCAUCUACUUCCUCAUGGGCACCUCACACCACGUCUCCGUGGGCAUCUUCAGCCUUCUGUGCCUCAUGGUAGGACAGGUGGUGGACCGCGAGCUGCAGCUGGCCGGCUUUGACCCCUCUCGGGACGGCCCGGGGCAUGGGGACAACGGCAGCACCUUGAACGGCUCAGCGGUCCUGCUGGAGUUUGGGCUGCAGAGCUGUGGGCGGGACUGCCUCGCCAUCCGCAUUGCCACCGCCCUGACGCUGGUGACCGGGAUCUACCAGGUCCUCAUGAGCGUCCUCCGGCUGGGCUUCGUGUCCACCUACCUCUCACAACCACUGCUGGACGGCUUCGCCAUGGGGGCCUCUGUGACCAUCUUGACCUCGCAGCUCAGGCACCUGCUGGGGGUGCGGAUCCCCCGGCACCAGGGCCCGGGCAUGGUGGUCAGCACGUGGCUGAGCCUGCUGCGCAGCCUGGGGCAGGCCAACCUGUGUGAUGUGGUCACCAGCGCCGUGUGCCUGGCGGUGCUGCUGGCGGCUAAGGCACUCUCAGAUCGCUUUCGGCACCGCCUGCGCGUGCCGCUGCCCACAGAGCUGCUGGUCAUCGUGGUGGCCACGCUCGUGUCCCACUUUGGGCAGUUCCACAAACACUUCGGCUCCAGUGUGGCUGGUAACAUCCCCACGGGCUUCGUGGCCCCACAGGUGCCACACCCCAGGCUGAUGUGGCGUGUGUCACUGGACGCUGUGUCCCUGGCCCUUGUGGGCUCGGCCUUCUCCAUCUCGCUGGCAGAAAUGUUCGCCCGCAGCCACGGCUACUCUGUCCGGGCCAACCAGGAGCUGCUGGCUGUGGGCUGCUGCAACGUGCUGCCUGCCUUCUUCCACUCCUAUGCCACUAGUGCCACCCUGGCCAAGAGCCUGGUGAAGACCGCCACUGGCUGCCGGACACAGCUGUCCAGCGUGGUCAGCGCUGCAGUGGUGCUGCUGGUCCUCUUGGUGCUGGCCCCGCUGUUCCGAGACCUACAGCGGAGCGUGCUGGCCUGCAUCAUUGUGGUCAGCCUCAGGGGGGCCCUGCGGAAGGUGAAGGACCUGCCGGGGCUGUGGCGGCUGAGCCCAGCGGAUGCCCUGGUCUGGGUGGCCACGGCCGUCACCUGCAUCCUGGUCAGCACGGAGGCCGGGCUGCUGGCCGGGCUGCUGCUCUCGCUUCUCAGCCUGGUAGGCCGCACACAGCGCCCUCGGGCCACCCUGCUCGCCCGUGUCGGAGACUCGGCCUUCUACGAGGAUGCCAUGGAGUUCGUGGGCCUCCUGCCUCCGCCGGGCGUGCAGGUGUUCCGCUUUGCAGGGCCGCUCUACUAUGCCAACAAGGACUUCUUCCUGCAGUCACUCUAUAGACUCACAGGGCUGGAUGCAGGGCGUCUGGCCACCAGGAAGAAGGAGCAGAGCCUGGAGGUGGUGGUCAGUGAGAGCAGCCCCCCUGAUGGCAAACACCUGGGCUCUGUGAGCAGCGAGGCCAGGCUGAUGCCCCUGGAAGUUGGUUUCCACACGGUGGUCCUCGACUGUGCCCCUUUGCUGUUCCUGGAUGUGGCCGGUGUGGCCACGCUGCAGGCCCUGCGCAGGGAUUACAGAACCCUGGGCGUGGCCCUGCUCCUGGCCUGCUGCAGCCCCCCCGUGAGGGACACGCUGAGGAGGGGGGGCUUUCUGGGGGAGGAUCAGGGAGCGGAGGAUGAGCAGCUCUUCCCCAGUGUGCACAGUGCCGUGGAGGCUGCACGUGCCGGCCACAGGGAGCUGAGGACUGCUGACUCCGCCCUCUAGCAGGGCCAGGGCCUGGUCAUCCGUCUCUCCUCCCUCUGGGAGCUGUCCUCCUUCCCCAGGGCAAUGCAAGGUCUAGUGGUGUCUGAGAGACGUGACUUUGGCCCAUCUCUUCCCUGGAGAAGCCAGAGAAGCCAAACUGGAAGAGUGGUACUUGGAACACGCCCAAGAACCCCACACAUUCAAUGCUGAGCACCUGGUGUCCUGAUGGGCGCUCAGCCUGGUGCUAGCACAAGGCUCCUAGGCCGGCAUGCUCAGAAGAGCCGUGUCUGCUUUGACAUCCUGUCUUAUUUGAAGAGGAUCCUGCAAACUAUCCCCAGGCCUACUCAGCCCCUGCCCCACUGGGCUGCAGUCAGACAUGCAGCCAAGGCAAGACGGUCUGUCUGUGGAAGGCCACCCUCCCCCAGCGCUCCUCCACCUCAUGCUGACCCCAGCAGGGCCUCACAGGACAGCCAUCCACUCCAGGGUAGCUGCCCCAAUGUCAGGGCCAAAUGACCGACACAACCUCAGACUGGCUGGGGACAGCAGCCCUGGUCAGCUCAGCCAGCAACGCACAGCAUGGGGGACGCACACAGCCCUGUGCUGUGUAGUCCAGCCGCAUCUGAACCCCCAGACGACCUUCAGGGAGAAACCACUGGACCAAGAGGCCACCCUCAGCACACAGGGGCCUUGGGGACCCCCGCACAGCCAGCCCAGAUGUCCUCCCACCACCAAGAGGGAAAUAAACAGGAAGCACAGGUCUGUGUUCCUCA